AUGUUUGGAAGAGUUCUGGCACCGUUGGCUGUCGCAAGCUUGUUUCUUACCUCUGCUUUGGGAACUCCUACCUCGCACUUCGACCUCUUUUCUAGGACGCCUGCAGCAGGUAUCGACGUGAAGUCAUUAGCGCCGUAUCUCUCCGCCACCGCGAAGAUUUACCUCCCCGAUACGAAGGAGUUUGCUACCUACACGACCCGAUGGUCCAAUCUACAGGUUCCUACGCCGAGCAUUGUAAUCGCCCCGGGUACGGAGAAGGACGUCCAGAAGAUUGUCAAGUUUGCGAAUGAUCACAACAUCCCGUUCCUCACCUACAAUGGUCAUCAUGGGACGCUUACGACGUUGGGCAAGAUGGACUAUGGUAUCGAGAUUUACCUACCUCAGUUAAACUCAAUUUCUAUCGCCAAAGACGGAAAGUCAGCGACUAUCGGUGGUGGAGCCAAUGUGAAGAACCUGACAGACACUCUGUGGAACGCUGGGAAGCAGACUGUCACCGGAUGUUGCGAAUGCGUCAGCUACUUAGGACCAGCCCUCGGUGGCGGUCACGGAUGGUUCCAGGGCCAUUAUGGUCUGAUCACCGAUCAGUUCCUUUCUAUGAAUAUUGUGCUCGCAAACGGAGACUUGAAGACGAUCGACAGCAAAUCAGACUUGUGGUGGGGUAUGCAAGGAGCUGGCCACAACUUCGGCGUUGUUACAUCCGUCACCACAAAGAUCUACGACAUUGAGCACUACGACUGGGCGAUUGAGACGAUUGUCUUCAGUGGCGACAAAGUGGAGCAGGUCUACGAGGCUGCCAACAAGUAUAUUCUCCAAGGUGGAAAGCAGGCGCCGGACAUCCAUGACUGGACGUACUGGCAGAACGAUGCAACACACGAUACUGAGGGGCCGGUGAUAAUCAUCUAUAUCGUCCAAGAGGGUGUUACCACCGUCGAUGCCAAGUACACGUCGCCCUUCCACGACAUCGGUCCGCUCGCCGCCACGCCCCAAUCCGGCACGUACAAGGAUCUCGCAAAGUGGACCGGUAUCGCGCUCGAAUCGCCUCCAUGCCAGGACUUCGGCUUCAACAACCCUCGCUUCCCGAUCUACAUCGAGUCCUACAACGUGACUGCGCAGCGCAAGGCCUGGGAUCUCUACUCAUCCGCCAUCGCCGGGGCUGACAACCCAUACUACAACUCCAUCUUCAUGUUCGAGGACUACGCGAGUGGCGCUGUACGCGACCGCAGCAACGAUGCUAGCGCAUUUGGCUUCCGCGACGCACACACCCUGGCUGCGCCUCUGAUUAUAUACAAUUCUACUGGCCAGGCGCAAGACGAAGGCGUCAAGGAGCUCGGCACGCAGCUGCGCGACAUUAUCCGUGAGGGUACAGGGUCUAGUGAGCUCCAUACCUACGUGAACUAUGCGUAUGGUAAUGAGGGGCCGGAGGCUUGGUAUGGCCACGAGAGCUGGAGGCAAAAGAAGCUGAAAGCGCUCAAGAAGAAGUAUGAUCCCAAGGGGAAGUUCAGCUUCUACGCGCCUAUUGCGUAGGUAUUCAAGAUCUGGAUAUUGAAAAACUAAUCAGAAUAGAUUGAGAAGCCCAUGUUCGUCUCGAUUUAAUUUUGACUUUAAGGUGUACCUGCAGUAUAUACGAACUUGUGGGUUUAGAGAAAAGGGUAUGAUACAUUGAAACGGAGACCGACACCUAUCCUACAGCUUGCUGGAGUGCGUGAACUCCUGAGCUUACCGCUGAAAUACGUUCCCAAGCUGUAGAUGCAUGCAACUUAGCGAAUACCACUCGCACUUUGUCCUCUCUUUUUUGGAUUUUGGACUCGUCAGCUAGCCGUUUGUAAUGUUGAUGGGCUUUAUCAUCUGCGGUUUCGUAGUAAUACCUGUAGAUUUUGCUAAGAGCAGGAAAGUCUUGGAAGCUGAGUAAUGCUCUUGUCACAAACAAUGACAUCGUAGAGGCUAAGUCCAAGGAGCGUAGACAGUCUUCAUAAGACACGAACAGAGUGAUGGUCGUGAUGGCCCAGCGACAC